GCAUGCACUGCGCCGUUUCCCAUCAUGCAGGAUCAGAAACAUGGCGGCUGACAGCUUUCAUAACAUUGUUUACUAGAACAGUCCUGCUCUUUUGAAUUCAUGAAGAACGGAACAUUGGUGUCAAAGAUUCUGCACAAUGCCGAAAUAUUACGAAGAUAAAGAGGAGGACAACAGAGCGUGCGCCGGGAUUAGAGAGGACUUCAGGGCAUGUCUCCUUGAGCACGACUGCGUGGUAAAGGAGGGGAAGAUGCCCAGUGAGUGUUUGAAGGAAGGCCACUGCAAAGCCCUGCAAACGUCCUUCUUUGAGUGCAAAAGGUCAAUGCUGGACACGCGGUCGAGAUUCCGAGGAAGAAAAGGAUAUUGAGGAACCAUCUGAUGCAGCCGUUUGAUGGAGGGAAUACUGGAAGAUCAAGUGCUAAUACUAUGAAUAAGAUGAUGAUGAAUCAUCCAUGAGCACUGCUCAUGGGUCAGUGCAGCUUCAGAAGCUCCUCUGGAGCACAUAUGAACAAUGUAAAGGUGACCAAGUCAGCAGCAACAUGUAGUGCUGAAAAACCUUUGAGGUCAGCUUUUUCUGAGUGAAAAACUCAAUGUAAUCACAAAAAAUUAAUAAAAUGUUAAAGUUUAUUACAAUUUGAA